CAUUCCAAAUGAGAAAAGCCAGCCUCCACCAAUCUGUUUCGUCUCUCUGAAAUGCUGACUGAAGCUCAAACCUUCUCAUGGACUCUAUCAUAACCAACCACCCAUUCACCUCCUUCAUUCCCAGCCCCUUAAACCCGCACCCAAAACCCUUCACAGCAACUUCAUCCCAUCUCAAGAAGCUUAAGAAGUCUUUUGUUUGUUUCUCUCAACGGCCUAGGUCGAAUUCCAGAAACCCAAGAUGGCCAGAGCCCUUGUCUUUCCGCAAGUUAAACCCUAUCUGGGUUUUGGUCCCGGUGCUCCAGAGCAUCAGGGUUUUAGCUUCUUCUGGGAAAUGGGUUUCUGAGCAUCAUGGUUUUGGGUUUUUACAGAACAGUGGGAUUGGGAUAGCGUUGAUGAGUGUGACAACGAAUGCCAAGGUGAAGAUUAGUCCUUUUGUGACUCAACUGGCUGCGAACCCGACCUUUGUUUCGGGCAUGUUUGCUUGGUUUGUGGCGCAGUCGAUGAAAGUGGUGUUGAAUUUCUUUGUGGAGAAGAAGUGGGAUUUGAGGAUAUUGUGUGCUUCUGGAGGCAUGCCUUCGUCUCAUUCGGCUUUGUGCACUGCUUUGACUACCUCUGUGGCGCUUUGUCAUGGUGUUGCGGACUCGUUGUUUCCGGUUUGUUUGGGGUUUAGUCUCAUUGUUAUGUAUGAUGCUACUGGGGUGAGGAGACAUGCUGGUAUGCAAGCUGAGGUGCUAAAUAUAGUGGUAGAGUACUUAUUCCAAGGGCAUCCAAUCAGCCAAAACAAGCUCAAGGAACUACUUGGUCACACGCCCUCCCAGGUUCUUGCUGGGGCUGUCCUUGGCAUUGUGGUCGCUUGUGUUUGUUGCCAGAGUAGCUUGGUAGCUGCUUGAACAAACUCAAGUUAGGUUGCUGUAGCCUGUUAAUUUUGGUCAACUUGUGUUGACACACCAUUACAGCAUUGACAUGUCUAGAUUGUACUCUAAGAUCAAGUUUGAAUUGCAAAAAGAAAAAAAUGGAUACGAAAUGCUCUUUUUGUUCAUUUGCAAGUUUGCAUCUGAUUUGGGAAAUGUAUAUACACUUCAGUCUAGGCAUGAAACGAACAUGUUCAAACAAAAUGGUAUUCUACACUGUUUCUCCCAGCUAACAAAAUGGAAUAUACCAAGUAUUGUUUCCACCAUUCCUUUCUUUGUGCCCAAGUAUUGUUUGCACUCCCCACUAAUUAUUGAACAACUGUACAAAGAGUAGUGCUCAGCACUCUACACCUUCCUCAACAAGACAAUCUCAGUUCCUCCUCCCUCGUUUACGUAUGAAAACUUGGUAAGUUAUAUUUACCUCUAUUAAUGUUAAUUGUAGUACAGCCUGGACAAAGCUCAGCACACCGUUCCUUCCUAUACUGCUUGGCUUUCAGUCUAUAUAUAACUCAAACCAUAUUUUGCACUUGUAGAGUUACAGAGAGAAGUAGAGAAG